UGCCGCCAUCUUGCGACACCGUCCUGAGGCGGAGGGAGCCGAGCGGGGCGCGGGCGGAUCCCCUGAGGCAGGCGAGGGCGGAGGAGCCCAGGAAGGGCAGGGAGGGGACGGACAGUGAUCUAGCAUUAGUGGUUUGUGGUAAGCAGAGAAGUGAUGGCUGCUUUUAAGUUGGAAUUCCUCCCAGAAAUGAUGGUGGAUCAUUGCUCCUUGAAUGCCAGCCCUAUCUCAAAGAAAAUGAAUGGCACACUGGAUCAUCCUGACCAACCAGACAUAGAUGCCAUCAAGAUGUUUGUGGGCCAGGUCCCACGGAGUUGGUCUGAAAAAGACCUGCGAGAACUAUUUGAACAGUAUGGUGCUGUCUAUGAAAUUAAUGUCCUGCGGGACAGGAGCCAAAACCCUCCUCAGAGCAAAGGGUGCUGUUUUGUUACAUUUUAUACCCGUAAAGCUGCACUAGAAGCACAGAAUGCUCUUCAUAACAUGAAGAUCCUCCCAGGGAUGCACCAUCCCAUUCAGAUGAAGCCAGCUGACAGUGAAAAGAAUAAUGCAGUGGAAGAUAGGAAGUUAUUCAUUGGAAUGAUCUCAAAGAAGUGCAAUGAAAAUGAUAUCAGAGUGAUGUUUUCCUCCUUUGGGCAGAUAGAAGAAUGCAGAAUUCUGCGGGGUCCUGAUGGCCUAAGUCGAGGUUGUGCUUUUGUGACUUUUACAACAAGAGCUAUGGCACAAACUGCAAUCAAAGCAAUGCAUCAAGCACAGACCAUGGAGGGGUGCUCUUCCCCCAUCGUAGUGAAGUUUGCAGAUACCCAAAAGGAUAAAGAACAGAAACGAAUUGCACAGCAGCUCCAGCAGCAGAUGCAACAAAUCAGUGCUGCCUCCGUUUGGGGAAACCUGGCUGGAUUGAAUACACUUGGACCCCAGUAUUUAGCACUUUAUUUACAGCUCCUUCAGCAAACAGCAGCAGCAUCCUCUGGGAAUCUGAACACACUGGGCAGCCUUCACCCAAUGGGUGGGUUGAACGCAAUGCAGUUGCAGAACCUAGCUGCAUUAGCAGCUGCAGCCAGUGCAGCUCAGAACACACCAAGUGGUACUACUGCACUCAAUUCUUCCAACAGUCCUCUAAGUGUGCUCACCAGUUCAGCAGGUUCAUCACCAAGUUCCAGUAGCAGUUCUUCAGUUAACCCAAUGGCUUCUCUUGGAGCAUUGCAAACACUGGCUGGGGCUACUGCAGGCCUCAAUGUUGGCUCUUUAGCAGGAAUGGCAGCCUUGAAUGGUGGUUUAGGCAGUGGUGGCCUUUCAAAUGGCACAGGGAGCACAAUGGAGGCCCUGACUCAGGCCUAUUCUGGAAUCCAGCAAUAUGCUGCUGCUGCAUUGCCCACACUUUACAACCAGAGUUUAUUAACACAGCAGAGUAUUGGUGCAGCAGGAAGUCAAAAGGAAGGUCCAGAGGGAGCCAAUCUAUUCAUCUAUCACCUCCCCCAAGAAUUUGGAGACCAAGACUUGCUGCAGAUGUUUAUGCCUUUUGGGAAUGUCGUCUCUGCCAAGGUUUUCAUUGACAAGCAGACCAAUUUGAGCAAAUGUUUUGGUUUUGUAAGUUAUGACAAUCCAGUUUCUGCACAGGCUGCCAUCCAGUCAAUGAAUGGAUUUCAGAUUGGCAUGAAACGACUGAAAGUACAGCUCAAGCGCUCUAAGAAUGACAGCAAGCCAUACUGAGCGCCCCUCCCCUCUGGAACUGGAGUGAGAAGGAUCUUCUGACUCAGCUGCUGCCUCUACUGGGAAUUCUUCGGAUGGAGGACGAGUUUGUGCUUUUGUUUCCAGUGUUUUACUUUGGAGUUUAGGUGCCAUAUCGCUGAUUCUUUUUUUUUAAGUUUGCUGUGUUUGUAACCAGUGUGUUUUGAGAAGGACCAAUGCCAGCCACCAUGGGGAGGACAGCAAAAUAGGAGGUGCUUCAAGCUGACACUGUAUGACUUAGACUUGACAAAGAGAAGAGGAGCAGAUCUGUUGCCAAACCCCAAAUGAUAUUCAUGGAGGAAGUGGAGGGACUGAAUUCAAACAACUUGGUGGCUGGUAAUUGAGCAGACCCCAAGAAGCCUUUCUUGUUUACUCAGCUUUAUUUAAUUAAUACAAGGACUUUAUAUUGAAUCAAUCAUGAGGGUGGGAGAAAAUCAGUUCGGCAAUUAAUGUGUUAAAUUCAUGUGUUAAAAGGAAAACUGUAGUGAUUUUAAUGAUGUAGUGCAUUUGUAAGGGGCAGUUAGUGUGAGCCAAUGAAUUUUUAAAUCAAAGAUUUGCAAUCCAACCAGAGCAACUUUUUAAAAAAUUAGACAUUAGUAAUCUUUUGGUGGUUCUUGCUUGAUGAAAACAAGACUUGAAAUCAAGUCAGUUAAAUACUAAUACAUACAAAUAAGGAUGUAAGCCAGGAAAUUUGGUGGGUCAUGAUUCAAUUUUUAAUUCUUCUUCCCUCUCAAUUCUACAUCUUGUACAUAAAGCAGUUAGCAGAAUCAAUGUCCAUAAAGUAUAACCUAAAUCCUCCUUAAUACUAAACAAACAGGUGGCUUUUAAAUAACAUCACAUUGCUCUGAUUAAUGACAUUCUACUUUUUGCACACUUUCUGCGAGCAUAUAUCUGGAAAAAAAUAUUGUCCCAAAGAUCUUUUUUCUUACACACAUAUAUUUUUUCCUAUUAAAAAAUCUUGCUACAUUACAGUUUUCCUUUGAGUGUGUGUGCCAAUAUCAAACAUGUAAGGUUUCAUGCAAAGGGCUGAAGUGUCACCAAACCUUGAUCCUGCCUUUGUAGUGUGUGUAGCCUGGUGCCUAAUCAUUUAAAGUCAGGUUUCUUCCUUUUCUAAUACACACCUACUUUUUAUGUGUGUACCAAAGUGUUAAAGGCCUUUUUUGUAUACACCAGUGACAUUGGGACUAAAGGGAACUUCUGACAUUCUGACCUGAGCCAUGGCAAGAAGUCAGGAUAGAACUUAGCCCUUGAGCCACAAAAAAAGCCAGCCCUACUAGUAGAGAAGCUUACAGAGUUUAUACAUAAGAUUCAGUACACCCCUUCCUCAGUUUAUUCUCUUACUUUGUCAGUCCAUAUGCCCUGUAGUUGGAAAUCAAGUAUUUAAGUAAAGUAGGGAACAGAUUUCAGGAAAAAAAUUAAGUUCACUUUGUCGGAAAGAUCCAUAAGGCUCAUUCAUUCUGAAAUGUCCUUGGCUUGGUAAACCUUGGUAAACCUCAGAAUAAGACUUGACCAUAAUCAGGGACUGGGUCCCCUGUGUUUAAAACCUCAAAGUGUAAAUUCUGCAGGGCCAUCCAUCUCAGGUUCAGAUUAUUUUAUAUGGCGAAGUUUAGAAGUAUUGUUACAAACCUAUCUGUAAUCCUGGCGGAUGGGUUAGUGAAUAUAAAACUGUCAGUAUUAUAAAGCACAUACAGUAAUGGCAAAAGGUUGAAUGGUCAGAUUUCCAAAUUUCCUAUUUAAGCUGGCAUAUGGUACCCUUCUAUGUUGAAUACUUCAAUCUGUUCAGAAGCAUAUGCAUACAUUUAGGUGAACUGUAUACAUUUGAAUUUUGUGCACUAGGAAAAGUUGUGUCCUGAUAUUCUGUGGCAAAAAUGAAGUAUUGGAGUAUUGAGGCUUCCAGAGUUGUCAUGGGAUUCUUUUUAUAAAUAAUAUACUUUUCAGGAAAAAAAAGGUCAUGGUUGGGAGCAGCUGCUCCAGAAUCAACCUAAUAUAACUGAGAAUGUGUUUCUAUUUUUAUAGAAGUUUUAUACUGCUCCUGGGUGGAGAAUAUUUAUUAUCUAAAUUAUUUCACUGGAAAAGACCAGGGUUUUGCAUAAUCCUGAAUGUGAUUGUGUUACAUAUACAUACAGCAAUGUGCUUGAUUAAAACUACUGACUUUCAGUGGCCUGUUUGCAGCUGGACAAACUGCUAAAUAGGAGAAGAAUUAAUGCUGUGAACCAGUGGAGGGGGAAAGCUGUGCUCGAGUUUAUCUGUAGUCACUCCUCCCAGUACCUCUUCUGUCCUCUGCUCUCUUUCGGUCCCUUUCUUUGUCUUUUCUUUGGCCACAUAUGUUGAUUUCUUUGAAUAAUCUAUUCUGUCACCUUUUUUUAAUGGCCAUAAUUUCCAUAACCUGUUGAUAUGAUGUCAUCACAGCCACCGUGAGGCAAAAUGCCUCCAGUUGAGUUACAAAGCAACACUUCAGCGUAGAUUGUCCUAUAUAACAUUUAUUAAGUAGUACGAUUCAUUCACGUGCCCUCAUCCCACACAACACUGUUACCAAAGCAAAUAUAACCAAGUUAAUUUUCCAAAAUUAAAUCUUUAGAAUAUAUUGGCAAAACUUUUGUGCCUUUGGUGCUGUUGUUAUGAAUGAAUCUAGAAGACUUGAACCAAAAUAUGCCUUCCUUCUUACUUUUAUUUGACAUGUUAAUCGGAUCAUGUACGCUUUUCAAAACAUUUUAAAAUUAAGACUCUAGAAUAGAUUCACUACUGAUCAGAAGUUUUGAUCCUACAUACACAUGCAUACAUAUUUGUUUCCCAUGUUGUGUUUUGGUCCACCCUGUCAUACUGUCAAAUUCUUUGUAAAGUUUAUCUCUCUUCCCCACCCCAUUCCCUUUUCAGAGUUGAAUAAAUACUUUGGCAGAAAGCCAAAGAUAUUGUCUUAUACGUUUCCCCUUUUAGGAAAACCAUAUUCAUUUUUUAUGUUUGGACCAAUCGAUCAAAUACACACUGUUUUAAUUGUACAAUAUAAAAAUUGUCAGUUCUAUAUAAACUUAAAAUUAUAUUUAAUUAUGGAAGUAAUUCUGAGUGUAUUUUCGAUUAAAUCCACUUCUCAGAAUAAAAUGGGUAUGUUCAGUAAUAUGCAGACAUGAGACUGAAAUGAGAUAAGGGAGACAUGCUAUACUAAAGAGUAUUUCAAGCAGACUUGGCAUGAGACAAAUGUUGAAGUAUUGCUUUCUAAAGGAGCCUUAUUUUUAUAAGAAAAUGUAGAUUGGGCAACUGGUGAUUAAAGUUGCCGCGUGUUUUUACAGAUUUUCCCUUUGCCUUCUUAAUUUGUCUGUGUAUGUAUACAGCCAAUUCUUGUAAAUGUAUUCAUGGAAGGAUCUACUUCUUAGAUUCUAUUAGCUAUACGUCAUGUCAAGAAUAAAAAUCCCCAAGGUACUAUUUGUUAAUUAUCCUGGUAUACCUAGCUUCUAUGAAACUUUCAUUUCCUUACCAAAUGCACUGUGCUCAGAAGGAGCAAUCCUUGAGCAAAGAUGUACAUUGAAGUAAGGUGAUUUUCACCUAUUCCCCUCCAGUACCACCUUCACUCCUAUUCCAGAGGGCCUCUCAACCCUCAGGAUCAGGUUUUCCUGAGGUACAGAGGACUGCACGGGGAAAUUGGUGAGGAUUUUUUCUUCUGCACUGAAUAGGAGGCCUUCUGCUACUGUAAAGACUCCUUCCAUCCAGGGAACACAUAUUCUGGAUCCAAAGCCAGUAUUCUUGUUUUUCAACCUAGAUAACGUUAAAAUUAAUUGUGAUACUGUAGCGUUAAUGUUUGUAAGCUACAGAUCUACAUGCUUUGGGAAUCCACAAACACAUAUUAGAAGAUUGCUUUAUUUCAUCUGACAGAAAUGCAAUGGUAUGUUUAAAUCAUGUUGUAUUAUACCUCUGACUGAUUUAAAUAGAAGUUAGGGAAAUGAAAGAAGCACGCUUUUCCAAGUAAUCAUAUUCUGUUUCAGACAGUUUUUCAUGUACAUCAUCUCAUUAACAGAACGCUUACAUGUAUCUGUCCUUGCAAAUUAUGUCUUUUGUGCUGUGCCCUCUAUUAGUGAUUCUAUCAGUUCUAAAAAUUUCAAGAUGCUUCAGAAAAAGCUUCUACCAUUCAGGCUGGCAACAGUGACUGUAGAGAUUCUGAGAGUCCAGAAUUCCUCCUCACGAGUUCAGGAAACAGGAUUUCUUUAUUGAAGGAGUUGCAAAAGCAAAUUUCUUUGCAGCUAUCAAAAUAAAAAAGACUUGGCCAAAGCAAGUAUUAACUUGCAAUCAAAUCUUAAUUCCUUCCUAUUUCAUAAGGGAUUCAGUUCCACUUAAUGUGUCAUAUGUCAUUUUUUUUAUUCUAAAGCUAACUGCUAGUAUUGCAUUCAAAACACUAGCCGGAAAAAAAGUGUGGAUUCCAUAGGCCACUGCCGCCUAAGUAAUAUCCUGUGCUAGGAAAGGAAAAAAUAUCUCAACUAUCAGCCACCUGGGCAUUCCUUCCCUGCUUCCCAGCUCUUACAGUCCGAACCAUUCCUGGAACCAUAUUUCAGGAAGUCAGGUUCCAGCAGAGUGGGUUUACUUUAACACCUUCCUCAGGCAGAGGUAGCAGGAAUAUUGGCUUAAAGCUGUGAUAAUACGCACAGCCACCUGUGUGCCACUAAGCCAUAGUCCAUUCUGCAGCCAGUGUCUAAAAGGAAUCCCAGGCCUCUCCUUCCCUUUGGUUUCUGACAGUUUUGACAUUUAGUUGGUGUCCUAUGCACUUCAACCUUUACUUGUUCACUGUUGGCAUGUGCUGCCCCUCCUUGUCAGCUCCCUUCCCCAAGAGGUCUCAUUGUAUAGUGCCCAUUCUUGUUCUUUCUCUCUCUCUGUUUGGAUGUACUGCUCUGUGUAACUCAGUGGGUCUCCUUCUUUCUGGUUUGUUUUUUUUUCUAGAUUCCUGCCGUUUGUUCAUCGUUGUGCCUAAAGCAUGUCGAUGUGGCGUUCAAGUACAUCGUCCAAAUCCUUGUCUCUUCAGCUUCUCUGAUGCUUGAACUCUCACCUUUUGACCUUGUGUUGACUUUUGAUGCUGAUGUGUAUUUUUAUUAUGUUUGUUUCUUCUUUCUUUUUUUUCCCUUUUUUGUGCUGCCAAAUUGGUUUUGCUAGAAAGACUGCUGAAGGGGAAUAUUUAAACUUGCAUUUGAAUAUAAAAGAAUUCUAUUUUUCUAGAACUUCGUAAGAUAACCACUUGAUUUUGUGAUUCUGAUUCUUUGUAAUUGUCUUCAGAGCAGCCUUGCUAGCAUACCUUGUGGAGUAUUUGUAUUUCUGUGAACAUACAGCCAAUCACUUUCUAGGCUUAGUUUUUUCUGUGUGCUUAGUUUUAAAACAAAAAUCUUUGAAGGAAAAAGUAAAAUGAUGCAACUAAAAACUUUCAGGAGGUGUCCAGUCACAUUUUGCUGAAUCUACAUUUUGUGCUUGGGGAGAUAGCAUGUAUUCUUUGACUUGAGUAGCCUCAGCAGAAAACACUUGAACUACACUUUCUCCUGAUUGUAGCUGCAUUUUUGCCCUGGCACUUACUGCUUUUUUCCUUCUUGUGUGAUUAUCAGCCUUUGUCUGCAGUGAAAGUUUAAUCAAAGUUGAUGUUGUAUUUUGUUAAACCCUAGCAUGCUUAGUUUUUUGUAACUACAAUCUCCUCAGCAAAAUGUGAGAUUUUGUUUUUUUUCCUUUAAAAACUCAAGUAAUGCUCUUGUAAACGUUUUGCAUGUUUCCUGCUGUGUUCUUCACAAUCUUGUAUAUACACACACACACUCUCCACCUCUGUUUUCUAUAGUUUGUGCAAAAACUGAGCAAUUUAAUAGGUUUUGAAGCUAUCUUUUUUGAAUGCCAGACUUGUGGUCAUGUAUCAUGUUAAGACAUCUCCUGUGCAUUUGGACUGCUCUACACAGUAUCUGCACCUUGUUCUACCAUCACAGCUAUGAAAAGAUCUCAGGGGGUUUGAUUGCACUGUUCUGGUGAUGGCAGCAGGGAUAGUCAAUAGAAGUUCAACAGAAAGUUGUGGGAUGUUUGCUGUAAUACUGCUUCUGAGAUCCAUUGGAGCUCAAGCUCUUUUGGAGUAGCCUUAAUUUGUACCUCUUAAUAUAAUAUCUGGAUUGCUUUGUGAGUUUUAACACCACUAGAACCCAGUGAUGCAAGCUGGAUUUCUCUCCACUCCCGAACACUUGAAGUAGCAUGUUCUGCAUUUCCUAUAGAAGGAAUCUGUAAGCCUAGGCUCAAAACUGCUGGCUCUUUCUCCAAGCGACAAGCACAAUAUAACAGCCUACUAGCUGUUACCUGAACAGGGUACCAACCCCGGCUCCUUUUCUCAGGGGCCUUAGCUGGGGGUCUUCUCUAUGGAGAUAUUUUUUUAAAGUUUUUGUUCUUAAAUUGGGUAAGGAGUCCUGCAGUUUUUUUUUUCUUUUUCUUUUUUCGUCUGAUGAAGAAAUAGGACAGAUUGUCCUUCUCUGGGAAAUGUGCCUCAACCUUGCUACACAUACAAUUUAUUAUAGAACAUGAGACUUAAUACUGAGUUUCAUAACACUUGUAAGGAAGUCCUGUGGUAGGUGCUUUCUCACAAGGAGCAAAGGGAUGGGGAAGCCAUGAAGGAACUAAGAGGAGGAAGAUGUGUGAAGCAAAGCUUUUGCAAAUAGGGGUCUGUAGGAGACCUAUCCAGACCAUAUGGAGCAUUAAUUUGCCUCAUUGCUAGGGUCAAAGAUUCCCCACCCCCUUGUUGGGCAAAGAAGUGCUUCUCCAUGCUUCUUAGAUAAAUAUGCAUAGAUAGAUUUUCCCCUCAGUCUUGUGAUCUUGAGGGCAUAUGUUUUCUUGAGAAGGAUAUGGCUGCAUUAUCUGGGGGUACAGCUGUGAGAUGGUCGCUCUUAGGCUCACAGUCGCAAUGCACAGGAAUGUCUGAUAGCAGGGAAGUUGAAAACCUGCAUUGUAUAGAUUAAUUUUGCCAAUACAUUUCUUUACAAUGCUCAUACAGUUUCAUGAGGAACUCUGGAGAAUCCUGUGGAAUAAAAAAUCUCUGGAGAAAACCAAAAUGCCAAACAUUGGAUGUUACUUUUCUUCUUUCCUUUCUUUCUUUGGUUGUUUUAAUUAUUCUGUGGUGGUUUUAAUGGAUUUGAGACAGUAAAGCAGCAGCUGCCUUUUAUUUCUGGCUGCUUUUUGUGAAUAAUUUAAAAAAAAAGAAAUUUACAUUUUGGAAACAAACCUGUGGGCUUUUUUAUUGGUACAAACAUUGUAUUUAACACUAGGGGUUUUGUACAGUUUUUUGCCUUUUCUACUAGAAAACAAUGUAAAGUGAUUCACAAAUGUGACAAGAAAACAAAUUGCCACUAUGACCAAAUGUAGAGUCUGUUCUGCAGUAACAGGAUUAAUCAACUCAGAGUCGUGAUUCUGUUGUAGCAAUGCUUUUCUUUACCUUGUUUGAGCUGUUCUUUUUUCUUGUUUGAUUUGCAAAACGAAAUGUCCUUUUUGUGUGAAAUUGUGUUGUAUUCUGUAGAAAAUUAUGGAUUUUACUUUAAUGGUUUAAAAAUGGAAGCACAUGUUGCUUUUUUGAUCACGGAGUUUGUGUAGUGCAUUUAAAAAUGAAAGUUAUGUUACAAGUUUGGAACGAGCGAGUAUGUAUUAAGGAAUUUGCUUCCUUUUGUGUGUGGUUUCUUUUUGUCCCACUGGGGAACUUAAAGCUGUUUUAAUUGCACAGACACACAGAUAAGAAGUCAUUUUGUAUAUGCCAAGUGUGGUACCUCCCUUUGUUUAUUUGCUAUUAAACUGUUUGAGAAGAAA